AUGGCCUUUCGAGGCGUGCCCCGGGAUGGGGACGGUAUCGGUGAGGCUGUCACUACGGAUAGGGCGGUUGGAAUUCGAUCUCCGAAUCCAAGUGCCAGGGGACAUUCUCAUACAAGGACGAACUCGAGGCUUUUGACAGAAAUCCAUGGAUUACUUCAAGGUCCCAGGAGCCAAUUCGAAUACGAUGCCACCGCAAAUUAUAAAAACCUUGCUCCCCCAAUUAUUGACAAUCCGAACACGGAGAAGAAGAAGCCAAUUCAUGUACCUGAUUGGGCCAGUGUACCAGACUCUCUUGGAAAGAAUAGGACGGAGCAUGUGAAAUUGCUUGUUCUGGAUGUGAUCUUGAUAGCGAUUUCGAUUCCAUUCUUUGUGCUCGCUGGUGUGGUAAUCGUGAUGGAUGGGGAGAAUGUCGACUUGCACCCUUCGAAUGCUUUGGACCAAUGUAUCAAAUGCGCUGCUACACUCUUUCCCCUAUUGUUCUCCUUCAUCGUGGGAAGAGCUAUCAUCAAACUCGCUUCUUGGACCUUGGAGCGGGGAAGCACUCUUGGAAAAUUGGAAAGCUUGAUGGGGAGUCGAACGGUAAUAGGGGCUAUCGUCACCCAGCUACAACUAUGGCCCUUGACAUUUCUCGGUCUCGGGCUUAUUGCUUUGUGGUGUAUGUCUCCUUUAGGUUCUCAGGGUAUACUUCGAAUGUUGUCUACGACCGACAGACUUAAUUCUGCUUCUUCAAAUGUAGGGUAUGCUAGUACACGGCAAGCAAUUUACUCCGCUGAUCUUCAACCUCAAAACACCUGGCUUCCUGGUUUUGCAAGCCUGUUUGGUGCAGCUUUACUUGCACCUGUAGCAGUCAAGACUAGUGCCAUGGAUCUGUGGGGAAACGUCAAAAUUCCUCUUUUGUCCAGCCUCUCUGGCAUUCCUCAGGAUGAAAAUGGGUGGCAAAAGGUCCCACAGAACAAUCACUCUCUCACCUACGCAUCCCUAUUCGGAAUUCCAAUAUCAAGUCUCCCUGCCGGUAAUACGACAUUCAACGUCGAGUCCACAUACUUGGAAUUGGCUUGUUCUAACAGAAGUUCCACAGUCACUCGACUUUAUGCCCCCAAUUCCACACAAGGAGGUGUCUUCUACAAUCCUGGUUUAAUAUCCACCUAUGGUCCCUUUCGAAGUGGGGUCAAUAUCAACUCGGACACAGCUUGGGCAAUCGGAUAUCUAGGUACGGAUCUGGAGUCACUGCUCCCUUCAUCGAAAAAUACUACAGACCAGUGCCUCGACUGCCUUCCGACGAAUCUCACGGCGCCAUCUACGCUGCCAGGAUUCCUACUUUACCAAGACUUCGAAGGCGCUCAUAAUGUCACAUCCAUCUACUGCACACCAUCACAAGCAUACAUCGAAUCUACUAUCUUUUGCACCCAAACACCAACCGAUCAAUCCUGCACGACUAUCGUCCAGCGUCCCUCCUUGCUGUUCCAUACCCCAUCGACAAUUACCUCUUUGAGCUUCAGCUCAAUUGUUAACAGUCUCUCGGAACUUCUUCCCCUUUCCAUACCAAAGCUUUCUGGGGUAGACACCAUGCAAAACUAUAUUAUUUCACCCCUUGACAAUAAAUAUAUCGAAUCCGCACAGAUGUCGCGCAACACAAUAACUCCCGCAACCUCAUACAUCUCAUCUCCAGCGACAGAAUCGCGACUCCUCGACGUGCCACUCGAAGAUUUCUCCGUCCGGCUUUCCCAAAUCCUCAACACGUAUCUCCAAGGCAGCAUUCAGAACUCCACGACCUACCUCACAGGCUCCGCACUUCCUCCCUCCACGAUGAUCGCCACAACGUCUGCAGAAUUGGCAUCCCAAGUCAAAAGCCCAACCAUCACAGUCCCGGCUAACACCACACAGCUCAUCCAAGUAUACUCCACCUCCUACCCAUGGCUCCUCAUUUUCCUCCUCUCAAACACGAUCCUUCUCCUCUCCGCCAUCGCCGCCGCUCUCCUCUCCCGCCUCACGCUCGCGCGCGAUUACCUGCCCUACGUCUCCUCCCUGCUGCGGGAAUCGCAAUUCAGCUCCAUGCCCCGCGGAGGCGUGCGGCGUGCUGGGUUGGCGAGAAGUCGGGAUUGUAGGGCGUUGAAGGUUCAAUUGGGGGAUGUGGGGGAUGUAGCUGCUGGGUGGAGGGUCGGCACGGGGGUCGCGGUGUCGGUUGGGAGGAUGGCGGUGGGGGAUUGGGGUGGAGAUGGGGAUGGAAGGGAGUGGGGGGUUGAGAGGGUGAGGGGUGGGAGGUUGUAUUUGUGA